UUGCGGAAAAAUUGGACGGAUCAGGCGCCAGCAUGGAGGACAUUGUAGAGGAUGUUGCCUCUUCUUCUCCUUCCUUUCUCUCUGAUUCCAACUUUGUCUCGAACACCCAUUUCAAUUCCCAACUCUUUUGAACAACAAAAACCAUCUCUCAAUUCGAUACUGCGUCUUGCGUAUUAUAUCGUUUUGAGAAAUACCCUUUUGCGCUUUCUAGACACAUACGAUCCUUGGGUACUGGUUUUUUGUUUCCAAAUUUCGAGGUAUCCCAUCAUUUUUUUCUGGGGUUCUUUCCUUUUUUUCUCCAUCUUUUGAGUUUUUUUCUUUUGGGUUUUGGAUUUCGGGUUGUGGGUUCGAUGGAGCUUCUUCGUGGACAAGCCGGACGAUUCGGGUUGUUGUUUGAUUUUAUAAUGAUGAAGUGAUUCUUCUUCAUUUUGCGCUUUUUGAUCGUUUCUAGGGUUUGCCGUUUUCUUGGCUUUGGUGGAGUCAGUCAUUUUGAGGUAGAAUUUGCGUAAUACGUAGAAAAUGAAAAGUAAAAUGGGUGUGAAGGAUCAUCAAAUCGCAACUCACUCGCCGAAUGCCAAAGUAGUAGGCGAAAUUGACACUAGUUCACCGUUCCAGUCUGUCAAAGACGCUGUCAACUUGUUUGGUGAGGGUGCUUUCUCAGGUGAACAACCAGUUGUGAGGAAGUCGAAGCAACCUCGUUCUGUAGAGAGAGUGUUUGCAAAGGAGACUCAACUCCACUUGACAGAAAAUGAGCUGAAAAAAUUAAAGGAUCAGCUAAAGAAUGCUGAAAUUACGAAAUCCGAAGCGCUUGUUGAACUAGAAAACAAUAAACGAGCUGUUGAUGAGCUGAACAAGAAGCUGCAAUUGCUGAGGGAAUCGAAAGAAUCUGCCAUGAAGGAUUCGGAAGUUGCCAAGGCUCGAGCUAAGCAGCUUGAGGAGGCAAACGGAAGCAAUCAUUCUGGAAAUGAUCCGGGUUGGAAACAAGACUUGGAAACAACUCGAGCUCAGUACAUGAUAGCGAUUGGAGAGCUAGAUGCUGCGAAGCACGAAUUGAGAAAAAAUCGUCAACAUUCCGAUGCAUCUUUGGAAGCGAAAAUUGCUGCGUUGAAACAGGUGACGGCUGCUGAGGAAUCGUUCAAAACACACAAGGUGAAAGCAAAUGAGCUUUCUAAGGAAAUUUUGGCUGCCCAAGAAUCUAUUGAAAAGCUCAAGCUGGCAUCCCUGCAAGCACAGCAAGAGCAAAAGAAGAUAUUUGCGGAGAAGGACAUUCAGAGACGGUCGUAUAAAGCGGCUCUUGAAGAGUCGGCGAAAAAACUCUUUUCUUUGCAGAAGGAAAUCAAUCCUGAUAUCAGUAGGAAUCUUGAAUCGCAGCUGAGCGAGACGAUGAAUGAAAUCGGGGAACUGCAGAAACAAAUGGAAGAUAAAAAAGCUUCGGAUUUAGAUUCGGUGAAGAAUGUCACCUCGGAGCUCGAUGAUGCAAAAGGGUCCCUACAAAAAGUAGCUGAAGAAGAAAGAUCCCUCCAUAGCCUGGUUGAAGCACUGAAGUUGGAACUGGAGAAUGUGAGGAAAGAACAUUCAGAACUCAAGGAGAGAGAGGCCGAGGCGGAAUCUCUUGCUGGUAAUUUGCACGUCCAGCUUCGGAAGAGCAAAUCUGAACUCGAAGCAUACCUCGCAGAAGAAUCUAAAGCAAGAGGUGCUUGUGAAUAUAUGCUAUCGACUCUCAACCAGCUGUCGUCGGAAACUGAGAACGCUAGACGAGGAGAAGAAGAGAUGAAAAAGAAAGCAGAAGAAUUGAGGAAGGAAGCAGAAGCCACCAAAAUUGCAAUGGAAGCAGCUGAGAAGCAGCUGAGAAUUGCAGUGGAGGAAGCUGAAGAAGCAAAAGCAGCUGAAGCAAGAGCCCUUAAUCAGAUUAAGGAACUGUCUGAGAGAACCGAUGCGGCACGAGCUUCGACUUCUGAUUUUGGGGCUAACAUCACUAUCUCUAAGGAAGAAUUCGAGUCAUUAAGCCGGAAAGUCGAGGAGUCGGACACAUUAGCAGAAAUGAAAGUGGCUGCUGCAUUGGCUCAGGUUGAAGCUGUGAAGGCUAGUGAAAAUGAAAUUAUAAAGAAGUUAGAAGCAUCCCAGAAGGAAAUUGAGGAUAUGAAGACUGCAACUGGGGAAGCUUUAAAGAGAGCCGAGAUGGCAGAAGCAGCUAAGAAGGCCGUGGAAGGCGAACUCAGAAGGUGGCGUGAACGAGAGCAGAAGAAAGCGGAAGAAGCUGCAUCGAGAAUUUUGGCUGAAACAGAGUUGUCUUUGGAAUCAUCUUCAAGCCACCAUAGGCUUCAAAAGCAGAACACAACAGUGAAAACAGUCAAGACGAGGCACAGCAGGUUUCAAAAGCUGAACACAACAGUGAAACGAGUCGAGUCGAAAAAGUUGGAGAAAGAUAAAACCUUUUCAAAGAAGUUACUUUUACCGAACCUUAGCGGGAUAUUUGUUAGGAAAAAGAACAAGGUUGAGGGUGGAUCUCCCUCCUACCUGCCUGGUGAGAAGUCUAUGUGACAUAUUCUUUUGCUCGACGGUGGAACUCGAAAUAUUCAGGUGAGAAAUAUAUAAUCAUUGUAUGUAUACAUUUGUUGCCUGUAAAUUUGUGUUCAGGUAACCAGAAAUUGUAAGCAACAUCUGGAUGAGUGAUUUUGUAUAUGCGAUGGCUUGUUAGAUUAUUGAUUGAAACAUUUUGUAUUGAGAUUUGUUUGCUUAUCAAAGCUUGAUUUGAUCUCUGAA